AUAUGCAUUGAGCAGCUGUGGACCGGAGAGAAACUGUGUUUUCACUCUUGGUUUCCACACAGCCAGUGACGGCCGGCCCCAUUCAACCAGCUGCAGGCAGUCAGCUUCUGUCUCUGACAGGUUAACACCAACAGUUACCUUAAAACUGAAAACAAUGAAGCAAGAACCGAAUCACGUCAGAGCAUCUUCCAAGACUGGCGAAACAGGGAGGAAACUUCUGCACACUCUGCUGCCCCUGGUGACAGCAGCGUUCGGGAUCAUCUGUGUCGUCCUGGUGUCGGUCGCCAUCGCCCUCAGAACGACAUCCCUCACGUCAGAGCGCCACUUGCAAAAUGCUGCAGCUCAGAAUCUGCAGCUGCGGCAGGAGAAGGACGAUUUGGAAGGACGGAGCAGGGAGCUGAGCAGAGAGAGAGACGGACUCAACUGGACCAUGGAGGCCAUCCUCCAGUACCGAACCUUCCCAGUGGCAACCCACUGCCCAGAGAAAGUGUGUAGAGCUUGUCUGGGCGGCUGGAUUCCUUUUCAAUCGAGCUGCUACUUUUUUUCCGAACCGAAUAAUCAACAACCUCUGGAGAAUUGGGGGAACAGUCGUAAGUUCUGCAGAGCAGAGGAAGCAGAUCUGGUCGUGAUUGAAAGUUUGGAGGAACAGGAAUUCAUCAACAACCACACUAUGGCCUAUAAUGAUGAAAAUCACGCCUAUUGGAUUGGAUUGAAGAAGAAACACGACACGGACACAUGGAUGUGGGUGGAUGGAACCAACGUCACUUUCCAGUACUGGGAAGAAGGAGCAAUGGACUUGCACAGAGGGCCUUGUGCUCUAAGUUUACCUCGUGCCGAUAAGCUGGCCAACUGGGACCGGUCGUGGUGCGGCAUGCUGAAACGCUGGAUCUGUGAAACAAGAGCCUUAAACAAACCGGAUUAGGAAGCAGUUUCUGUUCAAAUAGGUUAUUUAACUUGUGACGAAUAAAAAUGUAAUAUUAAGCUGUAAGAAA